UCAACUUUUUACGAGAAGUUUGUGAUGGGAAGUAGUGUUGGAGUACUUUAAACAUAAGUAAUACAUUUAGCCGAUUGGUUUACUACAAGAAAAUGCAAGGAGAAAAGUCUCUAGCCGUUGGAGAAACAGUGUGGGCAAUGUGGCCGGGAAGCAGGAAAUAUUACGAAGCUACAAUUCUCAAUGUCGGCAAAACUAAGGUUGAAGUUAACUUCAAAGAAAACUACAAAACGGAAGUCGCUCUGAAAAAUAUUUACAGGCAACUUCCUUUUCGUUCCCGUUCAACGUCGCCCGCGCGAUCGCCAGCACGAAGAAGGUCUCGCUCGCCAGGGCGAAGAUCCCGUUCACGAUCACGAUCUCCGGCAAGAAGUCGGGGACGUCCUCCAGCCCAGAAGACGUCGGAAGAAAGUCUUGUCGCAAAGGUUAAACAAGAAAUAGCGACUCCGAGUCGGCGUUCUUCUAGAAGAAGCAGAAUGCCCGAAAAAACUGUAGAAGAGUCUUCGACUUUAACCACAACUGUUACCAAAGACAGUGCGACCGUUACUACCACGCGUGUGACUCGGUCUGUCACGAAGAAGCUUAUUGCAGAGGAAAAGGAGGCCUUUCAUACACCAGAGGUCAAGCCAAAUCCAAUGAAUAGCAGUCAUGGAUACGAAUUCGGUGGCCCAGUUGGAGUGUGUUUAAUGAUGAUCGGGCUUCCUGCAAUGGUUAUAGCGUCAUACUUGUUUUGUAACAAAGACGGAUGCUCAAUCCAUCAGCGCCCAUCGAUUCCACAAGUUUGGAGCUUCACCGGAGGAUUUUUCGACAUUGGUCAUCUGAUUGUCCUUGGAUGGAUCAUUUUCCAGGCGAUUAUUUACAUGUUGCCCAUUGGAAAGGUCAUCAAGGGACGAGUGCUUGCAGAUGGAACAUGUCUUGAUUACAGAACAAAUGGUUUCAUUGCCUUAAUCCUAAGUGCAGUUGGGUUUGCAAUGUGCCUUUAUUUCAAAGUGCAGGUUAGCAUGGUCUAUGACACUUUCAUUGGAAUCAUCACAGCGACUAUCUUGUGGUCUAUUAUCGUAGCUGUCAUUGUUUACAUUAUGGCAUGCCAACAGAAAAGAGGUUUGGCUCCAGGAGGUAACACAGGUAAUGUGAUCUAUGACUUCUUUAUGGGACACCAGCUCAACCCACGAUUGGGAAAAUUUGAUUUCAAAUUCUUUUUCGAAGUUAGGCCUGGACUAAUAGGAUGGGUGAUGAUCAACUUUUGCAUGGCUGCCAAAGAAUUCAACAAGAGAGGGGAAGUUUCUCCCGCAAUGAUGCUUGUGUGCAUCUUUCAGUUGAUAUAUGUUGCUGACUGCUUAUUUUAUGAGUCUUCCAUCCUAAGUACAAUGGACAUCAUUGAUGAAGGAUUUGGCUUCAUGUUGGCAUUUGGAGACAUAUCAUGGGUUCCAAUCAUGUAUUCCAUACAGGCACGUUAUCUUGUGGAUAAUCCAGUAAUGAUAACAAAUCUUACAAUUGCUGCAAUAGUAACUCUAUUUGUUAUUGGGUAUGGGAUAUUCCGUGGAGCCAACUCCCAGAAGGACAGAUUCAGAACUGAUCCUGACUCUGAGGAGUUCCAAGAUGAAGAAACCAUUCUAACCCCAACUGGUAAACGACUCCUGGUCUCUGGCUGGUGGGGCCUGGUGCGACAUCCUAACUACCUGGGUGACAUUAUUAUGGCAAUCGCUUGGUCCAUUCCUUGUGGCUUUUCAAACCCAUUCCCGUUUUUCUAUCCGGUGUAUUUGACAAUUCUACUGGUUCACCGUGAAUUCCGGGACGAAGCAAACAGCCGUCGUAAGUACGGAGCAAGCUGGGACGAGUAUUGCCGGCGAGUGCCCUACCGCAUUCUACCCAAGAUAUUUUAACUUUCUUGCGCUUAUCGUUUUAAGGUUUUUUUUUACUCUGUGAAACAACCGUCUCUUCAUUGCCUUUUAGAAGUCUUUUUUAGUGUAAAGGUUUAUACCAUAAAAAGUAUUUUUUAACUUUAAAAAAUCAAAGAAGUAGCCGAGGAAAUUCUGGAAGGUAAAAAAACAAAAACACAUUUUAGUAGACAAGAUUUUUCCGAGAAGUCCUUCUCUAUAGAGAUUUUUUUCGCAGAGCCCAUGGCUAUGAGCCUAUGGGUAUGAUAAUAUAUUUAUGUAACUUUCGUUUUGGCCAUUUAUUGUGUCGGUUCCAUAUGAAGAAAUUUUACUCAGACAUCCAUUAUAUCGUAAUUUUCGAUGCAUGCAUGACAAAAGCCCAGGAUAUAUAUUAGUUACACUAUACACUAAGUAAUUAUGUGCCUUGCGAGGAUCCUUGCCAGCAGGCUCUCAUUAGCGUGAGAUUCGAGCCCUCAAGUGAAACAAGCGUACCAGAGAUCUACUAACAAGUCGUGCUAGAAACUAUGUGGACCUCACGCGACCUCUCGCAGGGUAGGAACGCGCGACAUCGCCGCUCGUGUGGCAGCGCAAACGAGAGCCUGCUGGCAGGUUCAAUGAUAGUGAUAUUUUUAGAUUAAGAACUUGUUUUAAGGUUAUGGUUAAGAUCGGGACGCAAUAAGCGACAAACUUACUGCGAUAGGUCUCUGCUUCCGAAAAGAGUUUCACUGUUACUGUCGCAUAAACUCAAACCCGUGUAAAAUUAUACAAAGAGCUGUCAGAAUGAAGGGUCGAAAUUACCACUAGUGAGUCCCCUUCCCAACUGAAAAUUGAUAUUUGGUAACCGGUAAUUUGGAGUCUAGUCGCCAGGAGACGAUUAACUUCACGUGAUGUCAACGUUCUUCAUGUAAACUAGUGCUAAAGAUACGAAAUGUCGGUUUUUUCGUUUUGCUCUUGCAUCCUCAACAAUUAGGGAUAUGAAACCUCUUUAAAACUUCGCAGUUUUGUAUUGCCCCUUGUAGGAAAGAUUUAAGAUUGGGGCCUCUAUUGGUAAGCCAAAUUGCUCCAUCUGGCGACUGAAACAAAAUUGUCACUGUACGGGACGUAAAGUGACAAUUUUCGGCCCUGAAAAUUCUGUCACGUGAAAGAGGAUUUCCUUUAAAAUUAAAGAAAUACGCCGUCGUUGCGACUUUUGGUUUAGUGCAUCCCGACCUUGAUGUUUUAAAGUGAAAAACAGUGAAAAGCCCAUAAACUGAAAUCAAAAUCACUGUAUAAUUACUUAACCGGAGAGCAUGAUAGCCGAUCUUGCUGACCUUUUUAGUGUAGGAUACUUAUCGACACAUUUCUCGUUGUAUAAUACAUCUAAGUUUACCUUUUACAGAAAGUCUAUGGCUACUUAUUCUUGGUUAUACAAUCGAACAGUCCCUGACCAUUCGUAAUAACGCCCGGCAGAAAUGAAGAAGUCUUCAAGACUGGCACAGAUGAAACUACAGCUAUAUGUAGUUGGUGUUUGCAUUAGUCGAGGCAGCGAGAGGUUCGGGUUAUUUUCAAGGGAUUGAAAGAAACAUAGCUUGUCACUCGUAUAUUAGUAUGAGAGGGUUAUUGUAAGCUCAAGAAAAUGUUUAAUCAGGCGUGGAAAAUAAUCUAGGACUGCGCCGGCUCUACCUCAUUACGCUCUUUGAUUGGUCUAGAAAGUUCGUGCCAAUCCCUAACCAAUCGCGACUUAGAGACUUGGCUCCAGGAUUCUGACUCCACUUGAAGGUUCUAAGAAAUAUGUUUGAAAAAACAAACCAAAAAAUAUACGUUAAAGCCUUUGGAGCUGUAAAUUUCUUGGACAGUAACCCUUUUCGCUGUUAGAAACAAAUACACGAAGCAAACCAUCGUGUAGAAUGAGCAGCAAUGGCAGUUACAAAACGUACGUCUGUUGAAGUAUUUGAUGCCCUUGUUUCGCAGGGGUAGUCAUGUACA